AUGAGCUCCAGCCAAGGUCAAUAUCGGUUCGGGAACCAGAAUAGCGUGGCCCAGUCAUCACAGCCUCAACCUAACAGUAUCGACGAGUUUCCGCCUCUGAAUAAUAACAGCAUCAGAAACAGCAACGGCGAUAUUGGUCAAGAACGUGGGUCAAAUCUAAUGUCGACCCUCGGAUUUGGUGCACAAGGUAGCACCGCCCCUGGUUCCCUCCAGGGUCCUAGGUCAGGAAAUGGCCUGCUUAAUGCGCUGUCUGCUAACAACCGAACAACCGAUGUUCGUUCGCCAGAUGGAUCCACUGCUACAGGCUCUUCGCGACCGCAAGACAUCAGAGGUACUGGGACCGGCGGUAACGACGAGACUCGCCAAAAACCCCCCGGAUUCCAGGACAACUUGGUUUCUCAGUCAUCUACACAAGAUUCGGCAGUCCUGAAUCCGCUUGGUGCCAUUGGUGCCAUCGGUAGUAACGACGCAUCCUCGAACAAGAACGGCGAUCAGAAAGAUGAUCAAUCCCCAUCAGUACAUGACCCUUUAGCAGGUAUGGCACCUAUUGAUAAGUGGGGGAUCAAGGGUCUUCGCACCCUUAUGAACAACUAUCCCGACUACAAUGCAGCUGUUACAGGCUUGGAUCCAACAACACUAGGAGUAGAUUUUACGUCGCCUCAGCUGCUAUCGACGCAAAUAUACUCACUCUUCAAUGAUUCCAUUCCCCGACCAGCAAUUCCCGACUUUCGACUGCCAGAGUGCUACAGCGUGAAUAACGUACAGCCUCUAGAAAACAAGAUCAGCAACUUCAACGAGGAAACCUUGAUGUGGAUCUUUUACAGUUGUCCUGGAGAUAUCAAACAGCAUCUUGCUGCUCAUGAACUCUACAACCGCGCCUGGAGAUGGCACAAGAAGCUGAAAAUUUGGCUCACUAAAGACGAACUAAUGCAACCCCGAAUUCUCAGCACCCAGCAUGAAGAGGGCUACUACAUCAUCUGGAGCACAACAGACUGGCGAAAGGAGCGUCGUACUCUCACACUGCAUUAUGCAGAUUUGGAGACCAGUAAUACUGCUCUGCCGUGA